AUGGCUCAGAGACAAAUAAAUACGUUCACCGGCAAACGCAUUACGCUUACAACUUCGACAUCCUACGAUGUUGUCCUCGACCGCCUCAACAAAGAAAUUCAGCCCAGUGGUCCUGCUAGUCUAGAUUCUCUCAAUGCCAGCGGCGACAUUACCAAGGAUGGCUUUUCAGAGUAUUUCUCGACACAUGUUGGCCCCCACGGUUUCAUUCAAUUUCAUGAGUUCGACCACGGUCAAUGGAUUCAACUGUUUGGUAUUGGAAAUGGACUGCGGAUGAAGAGAGUGCUGCUUGGAAAUCCUUUCGUGGCGAUCACCAUGCUCAAGCACGACCUGAAUUCUGGGCUUCAUGUCCCUGUUGAGUUGCUUCUCAAGGAAUUGGAAGGCCGCAAGGGGACAGAGGUGGUAUACGUUUUGCCAAGCAGUCUAAUCGCGAGUGUCAAUCCAGAUGAAAAGCUCCAAUCUGCGGCAAAGGAGCUUGACAGGAAGUUCGAGGCGUUGGCCACCCAUAUUGCAUCCUAA